AUGCUCCAGGGUGGUCACGGCAACAAGAUCCCAUAUCCUAAGCACGUCUGGUCGCCUGCUGGUGGUUGGUACUGCCAGCCUGCCAACUGGAAGCAGAACACCUUCGUCCUCGGCGCCGCCGUCUUCGGCCUCACCUGCAUAAUAUGGAAGAUCAGUGCCGAGAAGGAGCAGUUCGCCCACAAGCCCGAGCCCGGACGAUUCUACCCUAGCCGAUACUGGACGAGGCAAUUGAUCAACUGGGAGAAGGAGGACAAGCUGAAGGCUGAGCAGCAGAAGAGCGCAUAA